AUCACAUUUGUUGGAUUGUCUGCAUCUAAUUAUCGCUUGAAUAAAGCUUUAACCAGAGCCACACAGGAUGUCCAAUUGCGUCUUCCAUCAGUCGAAGAAGCGAACAGGCAGGAAGCGAGGGAAGCAAUCGAGGUCCCCAGAUCAGUAAUGGAGUCUGUGUUCAAACCCGAUAUCCUGAACGGGAAGACGGCGCUCAUUACGGGAGGGGGUUCCGGGAUUUGCUUCGAGAUCUCCACACAGUUUGGAAAGCAUGGCGCCGCCAUCGCCAUCAUGGGUCGCCGCCGCCACGUCCUCGACGCCGCCGUCGACGCCCUUCGUUCACAGGGCAUUCGUGCUAUUGGGAUUGAGGGAGAUGUGCGCAAACAAGAAGAUGCAGUUAGGGUCAUAGAAGGCACAGUUAAACAUUUUGGAAGACUUGACAUACUUGUAAAUGGUGCAGCAGGCAAUUUUCUGGCAUCCCCUGAAGAUCUAUCACCGAAUGGUUUCAGGACAGUUCUGGAUAUCGAUUCUGUUGGCACAUAUACAAUGUGCCAUGAAGCUUUGAAAUAUCUGAAAAAAGGAGGUCUGGGGAAAGACCCUUCUAGUGGUGGCCUUAUCUUGAAUAUAAGUGCAACAUUGCAUUAUAGAGCUGCCUGGUACCAGAUUCAUGUUUCUGCUGCCAAGGCAGCAGUAGAUAGUAUCACUAGGUCCUUGGCCCUUGAGUGGGGUUCUGAUUUUGACAUUAGAGUCAAUGGAAUUGCCCCUGGGCUAAUUGAGGGAACCCUGGGACAGCAAAAGCUUCUACCGAAGGAGAUAACUGAAACAAGGAAAGGUUUAAUGCCUUCCGUUAGAUUAGGAGAGAAAUGGGAUAUAGCUAUGGCUGCUCUCUACCUGGUUUCUGAUGCAGGUAAAUUUGUGAAUGGAACCACUUUAAUAGUUGAUGGAGGACACUGGCUAAGCCAACCUCAGUAUAUUUCAAAGGAAGAGGUGAAGAAAAUCUCCAAGAUUGUGGAAAAAAAAUCAAGGGAGCUUACAGUUGGAUUGCCAACAAGCAAGCUAUGAUCAAUAUAAUAACCGAACAGUUCUGCAAACUUAAUUUUCACUUCAACGACAGGAUGUGAAUCCUUGGUAGCUAUGCGUUACCUCGCAAAGAGAUCCAUGGUACUUUAUUACCCUGUCUCUUUGUAAUGUAUUUGUUUACAUAACUUUAGGAAAAUAAAUUUACCUACUGCUGUCAGUUCAAUAUGACACUCCCAGACAGCAAAGGUUUUUCUAAGAAAAAUGUGAUGAACUGUUUGAUUGCUCAUGCAAUUCUGUUCUAGUUUCAUAUUUAUUCUGCAAAUUGGCCGUCUCUGUGUACAUUUCAAUCUUCAGUUUGUAAAGAUGAUCGUUUUGUUUUGUAUUUU